UUUUUCUAAACACCUUUUAGGUGGAGAGGGCCUAAGGGGGCCAUGGAGUACCGGGGGGUGUUUCACAAAUUACAUGCAGACUUUUUGCAUCAAGUGUCAGGCCCCCCUCGCUCCUCCUCCUCGAGCUCAGUCCAAGUCAGCCUCAGCAUGAGUCGUGACAUAGCAAACGCUGCCCACAUGGCUCCCGAUACUCACCGCUGCACUUUUUCCGCCGGGACUAUUUAAUUGAUUAAUUCCAGUAUGGCGGUGAAAACGCCGCUGCGGAGGUCUUUCAGCGAGCAUGUCAAAGUUUCCACCAACAGGGCUUGGGACGUCUUCUGGAGGAGUGUGAGGGAGAGGCGGCUGUGGGAGAUUGAGGCCAAGGAGGCCUGCGAUUGGCUACAAGCAGCCGGCUUUCCUCAGUACGCGCAGUUGUUCAAAGACUGCAGGUUUCCCAUCGAUGUGGAGCUCGCCAAGAGGGAUCACCACUUCCUGGAUAAAGAUGCUCUGGAUUCCCUCAGCAGGCGACUGAUCACGUUGAACAAAUGUGCGGAGAUGAGGCUGGACCUGCCGAAAGCGAAACAUCAAAGCGAUGAAGACUUUCUCGAGGACGAUUUCUGCGCCAUUAGCCCCAGGUGGACGCACGACAGGCUGAUGCGACAAUGGCGGCGCCUGGAUUCCUCGACGGAAUUUCUCCACUCAUCUGAUGCCUCAAGCUUCCCGCAGGACGUGUCUUUGUAUGACCACCGCGACGACCGCCACGAUGUCUGCUCCAUUCGCAGUUCGAGCAGCACAGAGAGCGAACGCCAAAACCGAAAGAGUCCAAAAGAGGGCGCCGAUCCUAACAGAAGCAUCGCGGACGACCAGGCCACCAGCCGGAGCUCCUCGCGCUGCUCCUCGUCCAACAAGACCCCGUCCCUCGACAUGUCGUUCAGCGGACCCCCGUCGCCUGGAGACAGAAGUGGUGGAGGAUCGUCCACUGCGAGUCUGGAAGUCUACAUCAUGGAUAAACCACCACGCAAAAAGGGGACCAGCCUUCUGAGGAAGAUGGAGAAACUGAGAUUGAGAGGAACAACUGGACUCCUCUCUGCACCCAGGAACCAUGCAAAUCUGGCUGCGGUAGCUCGAGGGUCUGCGGAUGGAAGAGGCCCCUCGAGCUGUGCAUCUUCUUCACCCUCGUCCCCUCACGCCAUGAGCAGCAGCAGCAGUAAUAGCCACUCGGAGAGCAGCAGCGCGGUCAGCACGCCCAGCCCGGUCACGCGUGUCCGGAGUAACUGCAAACGCACCGAAAUGGGCGAAGGAGUGACCCGCAACAACCACCACACAGGCACCACGGACAACAAAGACCAACACAAUAACAACAACAACAACAACAACAUGAACCACAACAGCCUGCUCUUCCACAUCCCCAAUGGCCACAAACCGGGCACCUUUCCAACCUCCCUCGCCCACAAGCACGCCUUCUUGUCCCCCAUCAUGGAUCAAUCCGCUGUCAACUGGAGGACGGGAAGCUUCCACGGUUACCAAGAACGACGCAGUUGCCGCCGGGGCACGUCGUCGCUCGACACCUCACCAAGCCCACCGGAUCAUCGGCUGAGCGUCUACGACAACGUGCCGGACAACCAGCAGCUUUCUGAGAGCGAAGGUGGCAGCGGGGGGAGUGUUAGCGAUGCGGAGAGGGUGGGGGACGAGGUGUCUCGACUGUUGGGAAGCGAGGACGUUUUCUCGGCUCUGGACACGGUUUUGGAAAGGAUCAACGACCUGCAGCAACUGGUCUCCACCUGGGCCGAGAGUCUAUCCGAAGACGACUGUCAGCGAGAUUCCUCUUCCGCCUCUUCUUCUGCUUCCUCCUGCUCACCUGCCAGCGGCUCCUCCGCCACCUCCCCCUGCCCUUCCUCCCCGAUCCACAUCCACCUGGAGGUGCAGCAUUCAGAGGAGGACGAGGAGGGCUUGGAGGAGGGAGAGGAGGAGAGCUGCGAGAAGUCGUCGGUGAGCGAAGACGAGUCCAAAACCAGAUCGCCGCAAGACCAGAGCAGCCGAGCCAGCCAGCAGCUGCACUGGUCCAGUGAGCAGAGCCUUCCCUCUUUGCCAGCCAGCCCGGGCGUGGAACACCAGUCCGUCUCCCAGUUCGCUCUCCUUCAGAAGCUGGCCCUGCUCAAACUCACCGCCCUGAUGGACAAAUACUCGCCAUCCAGCAAGCAAGGUUGGAGCUGGAGCGUUCCCAAGACGAUGGUGAGGAAGGCCAAGGCGUCACCUGCCAAGGCCAGGCGGGUUUUCGGGACGUGCGUGUGUGUAAAUGUGAGGCGUGGGCCGGUGUCUGCAGAUUUCCCCAAAGAUCAACAGCUGCUGGCAGCCCAGGCGGCCAUCUUGCUGCUGCCAGACGAGAACCGCGAGGCGCUGCGGACGUUGCUCUUCUUCCUCCGCGACGUGGUGGCCUGUGUGGAUGACAAUCACAUGACGCCCACCAACAUCGCCGUGUGCCUCGCGCCGUCGCUCUUCCACCUCAACGCCCUCAAGAGGGACGCCGGAUCGAGUCACAGGAAGUACAGCCUGGGCCGCCCGGACCAGCGUGACCUGAGCGAGAACCUGGCCGCCACGCAGGGCCUGGCCGACAUGAUCAGCGAAGCACAGAGACUUUUCCAGAUUCCGGACUUUUGGCCGGCUCUGAAUCUGAGCUCUGCCGCUCCGACUGACGAGGCGAGCGAGGAAGAGCUGGAGGAGACCAUGCAGAAGCUCCGGCAGAGUACGCAGCUCCUCAUCAAGGAAGCCGGCGACAAGAGUCGAGGCUGGGAGACUCGUCCCGCUCCUGAACACGUGUCGCUGGCUGUCAAGAAGACGUGGUCGGGAUGCCCGCUGUGGACGUGGCGCGUCUCGGUGGAGGUGGACGCCAGCCAGGAGGUUUUGCUGCGCCGGCUCAUCGAGGAAGAGCGGCCGUGCGGAGGCGGCGCAGGGCUGGGCGCCGUCAUUCAGACGCUGGGCGAGUGCGCCCACGUCUGUCGAUACCUCCGCCAGGGUCACGAUGCCGGCCUGGCCUCCAGCCUGCCGCGAGAACACCUGCUGCUCAGGACAUGGCAGUCGGAGGCGACUUGCGGCCCACUCUUCGUGUCGUCCGUGUCCACGCAGCACCCUCAGGCGCCACCGGAGGGCGUCCGAGUGCACACGCACGCUUGCCUCUACCUGCUGGAGCCCGCCGCCGCCAGCAAGACCCGCCUCACGCACGUGUGCCGCACCGACACCAGGGGGCGCUCUCCGGCGUGGAACCGCAAAGUGAGCGGACAUCGCAUGGUUGCUGCUCUGCUGGCCCUCAAAGCGUCCUUCCAAGGCCAGCACAAGGAGAACACCAUGUGACGACGCUUGCCGGAUAGCGAGUUGGAAUGGAAGGAGUUUCGAUUUUUCGCCUUUUUUUUUUUUUUUUUUAACUCUUCAAAAAUGUCGCGCUCGUCUUGGCCAACCUGCGACGUGUUUCACGGACAAAAGGAAGACCAAACGGGAAUGCGGGAAAGACGAGCAAUGUAGCCCCGCCCGUGCCGAGUUGGGGACUGACUGUAACAAACGCAAGCCAUCGAGGAGAUGUGGAUUGUCGCUCCUCGUGGCAUGAAUCAAAUGCGAGUCAGUAUUUAAGGGAACUAACAAAGUAAACACAUAUUUAAGCUUUGGAGUGAGGAUGUGUGAAAGUGAUCAGAGCCACGCGUCUGAUUAAAGAGAUUUGUUUUUCUCUCAGA